AGCUCUGCGGGAGGAGGGACGAUCGUCCUUCAGCAAAUAUUCCGGAAUUUGGACCGAAUGUUGCGAAUCCUCGACGCUUGACGCCCCUGAUCGCGACUUUAGUGGACUAAAACAUCAUUCGUGCCAUCUUCGUGUCCGGUUGGAGUCGCCUCGUGCACGUCGAAGCUUCUCGGCCUAGCUUAGCUAAAUUUAGUUUAUUUUAGCUUAGCUUAGCUAGCUAGCAAAGAGACACGUUUGGGAUCAACACUUCGCGAAGCAGAGAUCAAGCGGGAGAGCGGAAAGUGUUGCGAUCGUCGUGUGAAAAUGUGUGCAAGAAGGACAGCAGAGUACGAGGAGGAACUUUGGGGCCCAAAAGAGGAGAAGGAGCCGCAACGUCAACUUCUAGACGCUGCGUUCAAUCUGCAACCUCAAACUGUGCAACGCAGAGCAGACAUUGCUGAAGAUCUUCGUACUGAGCGGCCGGAGCCAGAGCCCCCUCACAUUAAAGAGGAAGUGAAGGACGAAGAGGUCCACCACAUCAAAGAGGAAGAGGAGCCCCUUUCAAUUAAAAAAGAGGAGAAAGAACUGCACCCCCACAACAGACAGGAAAAAGAGGAGCAUAUCACCGAGUGUGUCCCUUUCAAAAAUGAAGAUGAAGGUCAAAGUGAGGAGAGCAGAGGGGCAGAGCUUCCAGGCAGCAGCUCAAGUCAACACAUGACAACAGAAGGUGAUGAAGACCACUGUGGAGGAUCACAAGCAGAUGGCCUCUUAGGUCCACUAUCAGAUAGUGACGACAUGAUGUCGCACUCUACUCAUGAUGAUGAUGGUGGACAGUCUGAAAUUGAUACGAUAUUUCAGACUGACAACAAACAAUGGAAAUGUUCUCAGUGUGAGAAAACAUUUGAUAAUAAGAGUAGUUUGAAACAACACAUGAGAACACACACUUGUGAGAAACCUUUUGUCUGCUUAGUUUGUGGUCAAAGAUUCACUCAGAAGGGAACCUUGAAAAUACACAUGAGAACCCACACUGGUGAGAAACCUUUUUCUUGCUCAGUUUGUGGUAAAAGAUUCUCUCGAAAGGGAUAUUUAACAAGUCACACAAGAACCCACACAGGUGAGAAACCUUUUUCUUGCUCAGAUUGUGGUCAAAGAUUCUCUCAUAAGGGAAACUUAACAAUACACACAAGAACACACACUGGUGAGAAACCUUUUUCCUGCUCAGUUUGUGGCCACAGAUUCACUUAUCAGGGAACCUUGAAAAUGCACACCAGAACCCACACUGGUGAGAAACCUUUUUCAUGCACAGUUUGUGGUCAAAGAUUCUCUGUGAAGGGAAGCUUAAAAAUACACGUAAGAACACACACUGGUGUGAAGCCUUUUUCUUGCUCAGUUUGCGGUCAAACAUUCACUCAGAAGGGAAACUUAAUAAUACACACAAGAACCCACACUGGUGAGAAACCAUUUUCAUGCACAGUUUGUGGUCAAAGAUUCACUUAUCAAAGAACCUUGAAAAUGCACACCAGGACCCACACUGGUGAGAAACCUUUUUCAUGCACAGUUUGCGGUCAAAGAUUUUCUGUGAAGAGAGGUUUACAAAUGCACACAAGAACUCACACUGGUGAGAAACCUUUUUCCUGCUCAGUUUGUGGUCAAAGAUUCACGCAUAAGGAAACCUUGAAAAUACACACGAGAACCCACACUGGUGAGAAACCUUUUUCCUGCUCAGUUUGUGGUCAAAGAUUCACUCAGAAGGCAAAUGUAAUAAUACACACAAGAACCCACACUGGUGAGAAACCAUUUUCCUGCUCAGUUUGUGGUAAAAGAUAUUCUGUGAAGAGAGAUUUAAAAAUGCACACAAGAACUCACACUGGUGAGAAACCUUUUUCCUGCUCAGUUUGUGGUCAAAGAUACACGCAUAAGGAAACCUUGAAAAUACACACCAGAAGCCACACCGGUGAGAAACCUUUUUCCUGCUCAGUUUGUGGUCAAAUAUUCACUCAGAAGGGACACUUAAAACAACACACAAGAACCCACACUGGUGAGAAACCUUUUUCCUGCUCAGUUUGUGGUCAAAGAUUCACGCAUAAGGAAACCUUGAAAAUACACACGAGAACCCACACUGGUGAGAAACCUUUUUCCUGCUCAGUUUGUGGUCAAAGAUUCACUCAGAAGGCAAAUGUAAUAAUACACACAAGAACCCACACUGGUGAGAAACCAUUUUCCUGCUCAGUUUGUGGUAAAAGAUAUUCUGUGAAGAGAGAUUUAAAAAUGCACACAAGAACUCACACUGGUGAGAAACCUUUUUCCUGCUCAGUUUGUGGUCAAAGAUACACGCAUAAGGAAACCUUGAAAAUACACACCAGAAGCCACACCGGUGAGAAACCUUUUUCCUGCUCAGUUUGUGGUCAAAGAUUCACUCAGAAGGGACACUUAAAACAACACACAAGAACCCACACUGGUGAGAAACCAUUUUCCUGCUCAGUUUGUGGUCAAAGAUUCUCUUAUCAGGGAACCUUGAAAAUACACACCAGAAGCCACACUGGUGAGAAACCUUUUUCCUGCUCAGUUUGUGGUCAAAUAUUCACUCAGAAGGGACACUUAAAAAAACACACAAGAACCCACACUGGUGAGAAACCAUUUUCCUGCUCAGUUUGCGGUCAAAGAUUCACUGAUAAGGGAACCUUGAAAAGACACACCAGAAGCCACACUGGCGAGAAACCUUUUUCUUGCUCAGUUUGUGGUCAAAGAUUCUCUAGACAGGAAACCUUAAAAAUACACACAACAUCGCACACUGGUGAGAAACCUUUUUCCUGCUCAGUUUGUGGUCAGAGAUUCAUUCAGAAGGGACACUUAAAACAACACACAAGAACCCACACUGGAGAGAAACCUUUUGCAUGCUCAGUUUGUGGCCAACGAUACUGUUAUAAGUAUCAGGUUAAGACACACAAGUGUGCUGGGGAGAAUAGCAGUGCUCAAGAAGAUUUUAAUGCAAAUGUAAAUGUUUAAUCUACAACCCCAAUUCCAAUGAAGUUGGGACGUUGUGUAAAAUAAAUAAAAA